AUGGGAGAAAUUGGAGAAGAAGGACCAAAGGGUGAUAAAGGAUAUCCAGGAAUUCCCGGCAACAGUGGGACCCCAGGAAACAACGGUGAAAUGGGAAGAAAAGGAGAGAAUGGUAAUGCUGGACCCAAGGGUGAUGUAGGGGAGCAAGGAGACAAAGGACAGAGAGGCAAACAUGGCUUUUCUGGGAUACCUGGACCAAAGGGACAAAGAGGUAUCUAUGGAUUGCCUGGUCCAAGAGGCUUACCUGGUCCUAUUGGAGAGACUGGAGCAACUGGGUCUCCUGGUACUCGAGGUCCUCCAGGCCCUGAAGGUCCAGGGAUGCCUGAUGAACAACUGUAUGAAUUGUGUCAUGCUGUAAUCAUAGCUCACGUAGCCCAGGUUGCAGCUAGCAUCAGAUACAAAUGUGCCAGUGCAUGCCCUUCUGCCAAUAUGACGCUGGUUGGUCCCCCAGGACGAGCUGGGCCAGCAGGGGAAAAGGUAGAAAGAGCAGAGGUGUGCUGCAUUCCACCUGCUUUAAUGGAUGCUGAGAAGAGUAGUAAGAUAGCGAAGCAAGGUCACAUAGUGGUAGAUUCUUUUUUAGCUCCUCAUUACAGCACAUCACCUGACCCUGACUUUGUCCCUGGCUCUGUUUGUCUGGUGCUUAUGACCCUGACCGGUCAACCAGGUCUUGAAGGACUAAAAGGUGCAUCUGGACCAAUGGGAUCUAGUGGAUUCCCUGGAUUUAAAGGAGCUGAUGGUGAACCAGGAGAAAAGGGUCAGAAGGGGGAGAGAGGAGAACUGGGAACCGGCCUCCCUGGACCUGAUGGACACCAAGGUGCAAGAGGAUUUCCUGGCUAUCCUGCAAUUUCCAAAAAUGGCCAACCAGGAGUAUCAGGAACACCAGGAUACAGAGGACCACCGGGGCAUCCCGGACCUUCUGGUCCACCCGGUGUCCCUGGCGUAUGUGAAGCAAAAGACUGUGAUGCUUACAUUCCCAACCCACUGGUCCAGCAGGGACUCACCAUUUAA